CGAAUACAUGUAUUUACAAUCAGUCUUCAUUAGAAAAGUGAGUCAUGGGGAUUGAAAGUGAAUUCUGAAGAAACGUUUCCCACUUCUCAGGAAGCCGUCCCAAUCUAACUGCAAGGGUAUAAAAGGGUGUUCAGAAAACAUGGGUCUUCACUCAGAGGAGACACAGCACAGAGGAGAGGAAACCAUUGCAACAUCUCCUUUCACUACCAUUCAAGGAUGAAUUAUGCAAUCCAGUGCAUCGUUUUCCUGGCAUGCAUUAUCACUUGCACUUCACUCCAUAUUUUGAAAUGCCGGUGUAUAAAAACCAGCUCGUCCGUAAAUAUUUCCCUCAUUGCUAAUAUCAAGGACCUCCCGCCUCGUCCCUACUGCAACAAGAGAGAAGUCAUUGUUUACCUGAAAGAUAAAAGUUCAGUCUGUCUUGACCCUGAAGGAGCAUUCACCCAAGCAGUCUUGCGAACAAUUAAAAGACAGAAAGCGAAACUGGCAGUUAAGAAAACAACCGUACCACCAGCCCAAAAAGACCCCCCGACCAGCCCCAAUACAACCACAGCAUCAACCCCAGCAUCAGUUGCGCCAACAUGGUCAUAAUGCAAAUGUGUUUUUCAUCACUGCAAUUCAACCAGUGUGUAAGAAGAUCUGCACGGCACACCUUCUGAAUAUCCUCUCAGGCUGCUGCAUCUGUUUAAUAC